AUGGAGAGGGCGUACCACUGUAAGUACCACUGUAAGUACCACCGUAAGUACCACCGUAAGUACCACCGUAAGUACCCCUGUAAGUACCACCGUAAGUACCACCGUAAGUACCACCGUAAGUACCACCGUAAGUACCACUGUAAGUACCACCGUAAGUACCACCGUAAGUACCACCGUAAGUACCACCGUAAGUACCACCGUAAGUACCACUGUAAGUACCACUGUAAGUACCACCGUAAGUACCACCGUAAGUACCACCGUAAGUACCACCGUAAGUACCACCGUAAGUACCACCGUAAGUACCACUGUAAGUACCACUGUAAGUACCACCGUAAGUACCACCGUAAGUACCACCGUAAGUACCACCGUAAGUACCACCGUAAGUACCACUGUAAGUACCUAGAAGUACCACUGUAA